AUGACCAUUAAGUUCUCAGACCAUUCAGUUACAGCGCCAUCUGCCGCGGGCUCUACCUGCAGGUACAUGUACCUGUCAGAUCAUAUGAACAACACAAUAGAAGGCCUUCAAUCGGAACUCAAACAGACUCAGUUUGAACAAUUAAAACUCUCGUCUUCUGUGUCAUCUCUUGAGGUGUUCCGAUUGAAUUUUACCAACAAGCGGUGUGGUGUGUCUACAAAAGUUGCCUUCACCGCGGGAAUAACGUCUUCCCACUCUUCAUGGAGCGGAAGUACACUGGUUUUCCCCAAGAUAAUAUUUGAUACAGGCGGAGGUUACAACCCCACUACAGGGAUGUUCACGGCCCCUGUGGAAGGGCACUACGUCUUCUUCGUCAGUGUACAGAGUUAUGGUACAAACGACAUUCGGGUGGACAUUGUAUUGAAUGGAGAAUCCAAGGUCAGGACAAUGGCAUACGGCAGUGGUGGUAAUGAAUAUCACGAGGCAGGAGUUAACCUGGCUGUGUUAAGACUAAAUCAGGGGGACAAAGUGUGGGUCAAACGUUAUACUCUGGAUACUAUUCCGACUCUGUACCUGUUACAACCUUCUCUGGAUUCCUUUU